AUGCGCCAUCGUCUCACUAAACGUGCGUGUGAUGAGUGCAUCUCCCGCAAGGUCAAGUGCAGCGGGGCCUGGCCCUGCGAGACCUGUCAAAACGCCCCCAAGCAGGUCAACUGCACCUAUUUGAAACCCGCCCGGAGAAGGGGUCCUAAAGUUCGUCGUUAUAAUGGGGUCCCAGAAGAGACGGUGGUUGAUACUUUGACGGGUUCGUCUGUCGAUCAUGGCGCGGUGCGUGUUUCAAGUGUGGAGAGAGGGUCUGCGCCGACGGAAGAUCGGGACUGUGCUGCUACCACAAUUCCCAUGGAGAGCUUAGCAUCAGUUGUGCGUCUGUAUCAGCGGGCCUCGUAUAGUGUGUGGCCGGUCGUCAAUGCAGAAGUGCUUUUGGAGAAACUCGAGGGUGGCACGCAGGAUGUCGGUACGUUGUGUCUGGCUAUGGCGCUUUGUGCGGCCACCAUGGCACAGCUAGAACUCGCGCCUAUAGCUGUGGAUGACUGGGUCGUUGAUAGCGCGGCCAUGGCAUCGGAGUGUAUGAGGAUGCGUGAGGCGAAUAAGUAUCGAGAGCAUCUUGAUAAGAGGAGCAUUCUGGUCUCGUUCUUCCUGCAUGUGUAUCACGCCAAGAUCAAUAAACGGAACUCGGCUAUGAUGUUCAUUCAAGAGGCUGUUUCUGGAGCUAGGCUGUUGAAGCUGGAUGAGGGUGUGGGUGAUCGAGAUACGUCGGGUGUUGUUGCUAAUGAGGAGAUUAUGUUUCUCUUGCUCUGGGUGUCUGAAAGAGGCUGGGCCAUGCAUGUUGGCCUGGAACCGUCAUAUUCGAGUCCCCUGAGGCUGCCAGAUGACAUUAGCGUGGGCAAUAAUGCGGAUGUGAAGGGUCUACUUGAGUUGGCCAGGUUGUUCGCCACAUUUGAUGGUUUUUCCUCCGCACGCAGGAAUGCCGGCGGCAGCGGCCAGCCGGUCAUGACUGUGGAUGGUCUCGCUGAAACGGAGUCGGUUUUGUCGAUGCUUUCAUUUGGCCAAGGCGACAGACCUUCCACCCGCAUUGCAGAUUACUGUAUCACGAAGGCAUGGAUGAGGACUAUCAUCUGGCAAGAAGCCCUGUCUCGACAUUUGCUCUCGUCAAAGUCCUACACUCAGCUCAUGACAUUCAAAUUUCCGGCUGUAGUCAGUCGCGAUCUAUUGAAAUCCUUACAGGGCUUUACUGAAUCCGACUUGCUGCCUCUCGGACGCGAUCAGCUGCUGAAGUGCUUUGAGAUUGCCAACUCACUUGCAGAUACUGUGCUGUUCACAUCCUCUGUCUCGGCCUAUCCGGCCUUCCAGCUUGGGCCACAGGAUUUCCUGCAUGCGUUAUAUCAAAAGCUACUGCCUUUUCUGGAACAGGAUCCCAUGUUAAAGUCCAUACUGCAUACAAAGACAGCCGAUGCCCUAGUCAAGGCCCCUGCGCGGUUAUUGAGCAUGGAACAUGAUCACUGGUCAAUCGAUGAUGAGGAUAUUGAUCACCCAGUAGAAGCGCACUUAGAUUCGCCUGAACAGAACGUCGAUCCCCAGUGGAUACUCUAUGAAGAUCAAUUCGAUGAAUGCAUUGUUUCAGAAGAGGUGGAUUGA